CCAGAGAAGAUCUAUUAACUGAUGAAGAAAAGCAAAGAAACAAAUUUGGAGAAAGCCUUAUGUUUACAUAUGACCCAAACGUAAACGAAAAAUAUCCGUCUUCUCUGCCAGGUUUUUUCCCAGAUCUCAACUAUUGCCAUUGUCGAAUGGAAGCUUAUUAUCUUCCUACUUUAAAUCGGUUAAAACUUGUCAAAGGAUUAUGCGACGGAGUUAAAUUAGGAUUGAAAGCUAUGGCUGGAUUUCCAUCAUUAGAAACCAUUCCUCAUACUGGAAUGCUUUGCAGACAUGGGGUUAAUGUUUUUAACUCAGAAAGCAGAAAUGAAACCAUGGUUAUUACACUUGUUAAUGAGUUUGCUGACAUGAAGGCGAGUGAUAUAGCAAUGAAGACGGUUGGCAAGAGAAUAUUUGUUG